CGUUCAUAUCGCUUGCGCAAAACUAUAGGCGGUGAACUUUUUUUCUACUUAUUUAUUUAGACAUCCCAGAACAAGAUAAACCCGUCAACUUCGCCCUUCUUCGAUGACUUUGCGUUGCGACCCUAAGAAAAGCGACGAUUAAUCCACCGAGUCCCUGUAUAACAUGCCUUCACAUCACUCCAACGGGGCUGCAAAAGCCUCGCUUGGCCAACUGCGAUACAUCCCCAUUUCCUACGACAGCGAUAGCCCUGAUUCCUCGGCCCGCGCCCUUAUCCUCGCCCUACGUCCCGAAUGGUCGAGUCCCAAAUCCAACAUUGAAUUUACACCAUUCAAAGAUGGCAUUACAAACACAUUAUUAAAAGCGGUCAAUCGAAAGGAGGGUUUAUCCGAGGACGAGAUAGACCAAGAAGCCGUUCUACUACGUGCAUAUGGGCACGGAACCGAUGUGCUUAUAGACCGACACCGUGAAACACAGAACCAUGAGCUGCUCAUGAACCAUGGCCUAGCUCCGGAGCUUCUAGCUCGCUUCGAUAAUGGCAUGAUAUAUCGCUAUAUUCGAGGCACAGCUACCCAACCAGCCGACUUAAGAAUACCGGCAAUCUAUCUAGCUGUCGCGCGACGCUUAGCCCAGUGGCAUGCCACUGUUCCCUGCAUCUACGAAAGCCGGGCACAAAAGAAUGGGACAAACGGGAUCGUCAAUGGAUCCCACGAGAUUACCAUUGAAAAUGCAGCACCUGGGAAACCUUUCCCUAACGUCUGGAGUGUUAUGCAGAAAUGGAUAUUUGCCCUCCCCACAGAAACAGAGACUCAACGUGCAAGACAAACACUUCUCCAGGAGGAACUCACCAAAUUAAUAGAGGAGCUAAGCCAACGGCCCGGGCUGGGUGAUAAUGGCCUUGUUUUUGCGCACUGCGACCUUCUGAGUGGAAAUGUCAUCAUUGAGCCUCGAGGUUCUACCAGCGCUAACAGAGAAGAUGGCCACAAGACAGAAGUUAGUUUCAUCGAUUACGAAUACGCCACCCCUUCUCCCGCAGCCUUUGAUCUAGCGAACCAUUUUGCGGAGUGGGGCGGUUUCGACUGCGACUAUAACGCGUUGCCAACUCGGACACAGCGAGUGGAAUUUAUUCGCGAGUACAUUCGUACUUAUUUUAGUUUAGUGCCCAACAAGCUCGAUGGCAAGGGGGAGGAAACCGAGGCACAGAAGUUAUUGGCGGAAGUGGACGUGUUUCGUGGCGUUCCUGGGUUCUACUGGGGAAUCUGGGCAUUAAUCCAAGCCACUAUCUCGCACAUCGAUUUCGACUAUGCCGAAUAUGCUGAGAUUAGAUUGGGGGAGUAUUGGGGGUGGAGAGAAGCAACGAAAUGUGUCGCCGAUUCCACGCCAAGGGAAUUGUCACUACGGGAGAAGCGAUGGGCGCAGCUGGAUUAAAUCCAGUUCUACCAAGGGUAAAGCGUACAUGGUCAUGAUACAGCAUUUAAUAGAUACCAUUAUGAGACAGUAA